GUUAAUACACGAAAGAUACCGAGAUUGAACGAAGCAAACGACAGUAUGGCCGCGACCACUUGCUCCUUUGUCUGAUAGUCGUUGAUAGGUGUCGUACGUCGUACGUCGUAUGUUUCGAGAUGCGAAAUACGGAACAGGAUAUACGUCCGACAAGACGAAUUACGGCGAGGAGAAACUAAUGGAUUAUUUGAGAAUAAUUUUCGGGAGGAUAUUAGAGUAUACUCCCUACACGAAGAUGCGGUACGAUAUAUCUGCUUGCGGUUCCAUCGCUUGUUACCUUUGUUCUGCACUUUCGUUUUUACGUCCCCAGUGAUAAACAUUAUCUACUUCUCAUUACUUAUUCGAUAGAUUAAACGAUACGAUAAAUAAUAUAUCUUCUCCCAAAAUGCAUGCUGUUGCGGAGAUAGUGAUAAUAAUGACAUAAAAAGAAAAAGAAAUGCAAGCGUGGAGUGCGAUUAUAUGAAGGGGGAUUGGGGGUUGGGGAGAAGGAGAAACAUGGAAAAAGAUGAGAAAAAAGUACAAGAUAACAAGAAAGAAGAGUACGUGAUCGCAGAUAACGUGGAAGUUACCCACGGGUAGACGGGUGCCUUCCGCGAUGCGGUUUAACAAGCAAGAAUUGUUGACCCUGGCUACGCAACCUUCACAGAAAUUCGAGAAGGAGGGUAUAUUGUAUGUACGCGAACGUCAAGAAGGCUUCUUUCGCAGAACUGAGAGUACAGGUAAAAAAUCUGACAACAAAUAUCAAAAGGGAAAAACACAUAAGACACUACGAGACCUCAGUUGCGUUACAGCCAGUACGAGUAAAGUAAGUUUGGAGAGAUGGUGCAGAUUACGGGGAAACCUGUUGUUUUAUUUCAAAUCACGGGAGCAAUGGUCGGAGCCUUUAGGUGUGAUAAUACUGGAACAAUGUUUUGUUCGCAUGGAGCAACCGAACAAUCAGAUCCCGUAUGGAUUCAGUAUAGGAUUGAUUUCAGUAUUCGACGGAGGUUUAUUCCAAGCGUUAGGUGCAAAUUCGGCCGAGGAGAGGGACAGUUGGUUACAAGCCCUUCAGCUUGCCAGCUACGAAUGUAUGCGAAGUCAGUUAUUGGCAUUGCAGCAACGCAUAGAAGCGUUCAGUGGGCACAAACACGACACCGACAUCCAAAUGUUACGCUUGCAACGUGGAAUUUCGACAGAUCCUGCCGAAAUACCGAUAUGCGAGAUAUCGUUGGCAUGCGACAACCUCCUUUGCGACGGUCACGGUCGACCACCUAAUCCAGUUCUAGAGGUAGAUGUGCAAGUGAAAAGUUCAAAAACUUGGAUCAAAUAUGCGCGAACCGAGGUAGUGGAGCGAAGCAGCAAUCCCGGUUUUCUAACGACUGUUAGUUUCCGAGCUAGCGACGGGCUAACUACGGAGACCAAAGUGAGGAUAACCGCAUACGAUGUCAGGGAACGCGUGAGUCAAACGGCGACACCGAUUGGAAGCGCGAUAGUGACGUUGAACGCGAUUCAAGAUACACCUAGAUUGAGGAUACCUUUGAAGUCGGCAAAAACAACAACCGUUGGCUUUUUGACGAUCAACGUGUGGAAUUUGGAAGCGGAAGACAGAGGGAACAGUACAGAAAGUACCCCAUCCAAGGAACCUUCUUGCGGAAUGAAUCAUCAGGUACUUUCGCACCGACGGUCACAAUCACUACCACCUAGAUUGGGAACCAAAAUCAAGUUGCCGCAUCAAGGACAACUCAAGCUUCUCUUUGCUAAUCCAUACAUACAAACGUACAGGUUUCACUCUGGUUUAGGCGGCGAUAUUUGCGUACACGAAAUCAUGGCAGAGAGUAAACUUUGUUUCCAAUUCCCACAGCAUUUACUUGCAAUUUGGAUUCAAGAAGAGAAAGAACUGUUGCAAGAAGUAGCCGGCAUGGGUGAACUACGAGAGCCCUGGCAUACAAAGCAAAUCGAAUUGCUUGAUCGCCAUCUUCAUCUUUUACAUCUUUAUUCACAAGCUAAAGAGAAUUUGGCCGCGUUUAAAGGAAGUUAUUUCAAGCGAUCGUCGCGCAGAAACGAUAGGACGCUCGAAUUUGCACCUGUCAACUUACACCUUCAAAGAAUGUGGGUGCAUAACGAUACGUUAAACAGAUGCGGAUUUUAUGACUUUAUCACUGUCGGAGCAUUCACUGCGCAUUCGCAUAAAAGUAAAAACGGCGGACUUAUUAGGUUGCUGCAAGCGCUAAAAGAAUCGCCAACGCGUGGCAAUCAGUUGUAUCAAGGAACAUCGAAGAUAACGAUGGCGCACGAUGCUAUUCAAGCAAUUAAGCAACUCCGGCGAGACGUUGUCGACGCUAUGCGUGCUUUGAUGAAACUCGCGAAAGACAAACAAACCAGUGGAAUGUUACCAAUUUGCGAAGAUAUGAUCACAAAGACCAGAAUUUUGCUCAGUCUGUGGGAUCCUGGCUUGGUCGAAGAAGCAUUAACUUUUCUAGAGGAAUACAAAGUAGCCAAGGUUCAUGAAACUUCGAACGAAAACUCUCUGAAUUUAGACUUUAAAACGAACCAAUCGUUGUCUCCUUUUAAAAGAAUUACGCAACAGUUGAACUUUGACUUGAAAAGUCCGGACUUUGACGAUUUCGUUACUCCCGAUACUCCGGAAUGUGUGAGAGAUCUGUGGACAAAAGAGAACGAGAAAAACGGUUAUACGGCCUCGUUUCCCUCGAAAAACGAACACGUUCAUGUGAACCAUCACGUUAACACCACUAAUCAAGAUAACGUUACCGAUGGAAAGGACGAAGAAAAUUUUGUUAUUUUUCCGGAUGUCGAAAACGAUGCUAAAAAUUCAGAAAUUAUCGAAACUUGCGCAGAAGCGUCGACCAGCGGAAACGUCAACGACGACGCCGAUGACAUCAACGACAGUGGGAACAAUCCCGUCGUUAGCGAUACUAUCUUGGCUACAAAUGCUAGCAAAUGCGAGGACAACGAGGAACGAGAUGCGGAUAUCAAAGGCGAUAUUGAUCCAUGCAAACGGUUCCUAGAUACUCAAAAGAUGUGCAAUUCACCGUCUGCUAAUUACUACAAACCUACUGAUGAACCCGAGCCGUGGGAUCUGACCCAAUUAAAUAUCGAGGCGAGUGUAAUGUGUUUAGUGUCGAAAGUCAAGUUUCUUUGUGGAAGAUGUAGUAGUCCGGCUGUACGGUUGCGGAAUAAAAAUAUCGUAGGCAGAUCGCAUAGCUUGAAAGGAUGCGCUCCGACUAAUCGUAACAAAACUGUUCAUGUUGUGACGAUUCAACCGAAAAAUGACAUUAAGAAUAACGACGAGUCGAGCAAGUUACUCGAUGCAUCUGUGGAAAAUCGUUCGAAUUUUCGACAACAACCGAGUCCAAGUUCGGAAAAGAUACCAGCCUUUUCUAAAGCCAAAGAAGUGUGCCAAGCUGUCGAUUCGAUGACGCGAAUGAUUAAAAGCAAUUCGGGACAAAGGAACAAAUUCACCGAAGGCUUAGAUUUUGCCUCAAUCGUCGAUUGGACUAGCGAGCUCAGGCCGAGUAUGAAAAAAUUACGCCAAGCUAUGGAUGGAUUGCUGAAAACUGCUCGAUUGACGCAUUCGGUAUUUAGAGUGCAAGAGGAUCCGAAAAUGGCUCAACGCGCUUGUAACGUUCGAUAUAGACGAGACGUAUGCUUUAGUCAAGCGUUGACUAGCUUGGUAUCGGGAUUGAUGGCAAAGCUUUGGUGUCAAAGACCCGAUCCCAUGUUUCUUCUAAUCUUGACCACCCUUGGUCCUCUGGUCUCGUUCGAGGGACUUGUCAGUUAUUACGGAGACGAGAUAGAUAUGUGGGGAGACAUGACUGUAGCGGUAGAAGAUAUGCAUACCGUAACUUUCACACUGACUAGGUGUGGAAUUGAACCGAGGUUCGAGGGAAAUUGUAACGCUCCGUUCCAACAACCACUACCAAGAGUACUCGGUUCUCGAACAGCACUAACAGUGGUACUUCCUGUACCGGAUGCGAUCUAUUCUCUGCUGCCGUUGGUUCCUUCUUCUAGGCAAACGAUUUCCUUCAAUGUUACCCCGGUCUUCUUUAACGUCGGUAUUAAUGAAAUGGCUUCCCUGGCGGAGAGUCUCGGAACCACGAAACCACAGGAAAAGAGCAAUAUGGAUAAUUUCGAAAGACUGAACGAGUAUUAUUUGCGUUUCAAGAAACUAAAUUUACCAACGGAAACGUCGUCAAAACGACUUGGCGCAAGAUCGCCGCUCGGCCAAACGUUAGCAGAACUGAUGACGAAUCUAAAGACAAGUGUCCAGGCCAAAGUACACAAGAACGUGGAGGUGUUACAAUUAUCCUCACAAAUUUGUCGAAGAAUGCGCGGUUUGAGGUUUACCAGCUGCAAAAGCGCCAAGGAUCGCACCGGGAUGUCAGUAACACUGGAGCAAGUGAACAUCUUGACCGCCGAAUAUCACCUGGCCGAACACGAAUACAUCAGAGCGCUCAACUGUAUGCGAAGCGAAGGAUGUCGACGGGAAAACACGUGGAAAAAUAUCGGAAUUCGGAAAUACGCGUUCAAUAGCUUGCAGAUACUGACAUUUCCGAAACUGUAUCGGCCACCGACAGGAACUUAUGGAUCCGCACAAACUUAAAAACUUGAUCCGUAACAAAGCACGAUUCUUCCACAAUAUGCACGAUGUCAAUGUGCGAUCGAUGCGAUGAUUAUGAAAAAGAAAAAGUUGUUAUGCGUGUGCGUGUACGACUGUGUGUGCGUGAUCGAUUCAUCAUGGAAACGAAAGAGAGUGCCAUUUUAUUUAAUACUAUCGCGUGUUAGCAUAGAGAUCGUAAAAUUUUGAAAUGAUGUAUUUUUAUUAUUUCUGUACAUAGAAUUUUACCAUAGGUAAGGAUAUACUCGUAUAUAAAAAGCGGUGAAACAGUAUAUAUAUAAAAAUUUUAUCGAAAUUCACGUUAUGUGCCAACAGUUAUAUAUAUAAUAUAUAUAUAAUAUAUAUAUAUAUGUUAUCGUAAUUUAUUGAAAGGAGGUGGGUGUGUGCUCCACCACGGUAACGACCGUGUUCCAUUAAGUAGGAUAUAUAUAUUUUCGUCGGCAAAGUUAUAUCGUUCGAGCGUCUAUUAACGUCCUUGCCCUUAGCGUCUUCCGAUAAAGCGCAACAGAUAUCGAGAAUAUGACGAUAGAUGGUGCGGGUUCAAGGAUGUAGCAAUUGAAAGAUUACGUUCGAGGAUUACGUUAGAUUUACCGAAUCAAAAGAAAUGCUUUUAGCUUUGGAAACUGAUUGUUCGAUCAAAGUAGAGAUGACACGUGAGAGUGACGACGCAUUGAAUCACAUCGGUGUUUGUAAUAUACAUAUGUAAUACUAGACUCGAGACAGCAACUGAAAAGUGCGUAAGUGCGGGAUCGUGCAUAUUUCCAGUAAAAGUAUACAAAUUUUAGAUUCCAUCAGGGUAACAGUUGUAUUUUAAAUAAACUAUUAUCCUCUGAUUUACGUACAUAAAAACGGACACCAAAGGAAAUGAGAUACGUAUAUA